GGGAGCCUGAGCCCUGCCCGACCCGCUGGGUCUUUCGAUGAGCUGUGAUGAUUGGUCGAUCUGUUCUGUGGGUGCCGAGGCAGGCAGUCUCGGAGUGCAAUUGUCGCUCAGUCAUUGGCUGCUUCUGCUGUCGCGGUCCGGAGAGGCUCCGCUCUUCUCUGGCAGCCCUGCAGGCUGCAGCGGCAAUGGAUCCGCUCAUCCAUGGAUGUCUGUCAGGCUGCGCCUAACUUCUACAUCGAGUCCUUCGAGCGACCGCCCAUACCGGACGGUGCCCGAGUCGUUGCUUCCUGGAAUCGGAAGUCCAACGCGCCAGCCCUCCCGUGUCUUUGUCUCGCUAUUAGUGUCAAGACGCGACGUACUGGGGCGCGGACCAUGCAAGACGUGACUCCUGGAAAAUGGCUCCGUCUCAGACGACGCUGCCUGACCACGAGCCAUUGAAGUUCUCGCCUCGCGCCGUCUCUCGGCUUGACGAAGCGGAUGAAGAGGAUUGGCAGAAAACGAUACGCCCUGUAGUCCUAGGAUCCAAAAGCGUUGCCCACUCGCGCGAGUCGUCCAUCGAGAAGCUCCAACGUCCUGACAUUGCCGCCCAGGCCCAGGCGCAGCCACCUCGCUCCCAUGCCGCGGCGCCGCGGAGUGCAAUCAACGGCGUGACAGAGCGUGUUAUUGACCCGAAGGUAUCGUCCCACCGACAUCACAGACAGACAUCGAUUGUCCAUGGCAUUGGUAUACACCACUCCAGAAACGGGAGCCUCGCCAGUUCGGCGUCCAGUCCUCUCAGCCCGCAGAUGAUAGCAGCAGCCGGUACCGGCCUUAGCCCGGAAAGGGCAGAGCUGCACUCUUUCCCACGUCUCGAUAGUGAUGCCUCGACAGCGUCGCGGCCGGCCACUGCCCUGUCUGGGACCACCCUCGCGUCUGCGUCCAACCUUUCCGAAAGAAGUGCCCCCGCCGGCGGCGGCGAGAUGGGUGGCCAGCUGCCCGCGCGAGGGAAGAUGGAGAGGAGGCACAGUGGGAGGUCUCGGCGCGACCACAGCCAUCACCACUCACACUCGUCGCGCCAUCACAGGGACGAGCAGAAGACGGUUGGAGAGUAUGCACUCCAUGUUUUGUUCACCUCCUUCAUCGCGCAGGCAGAGGAGAAGUUGAACGAGUGCAUCACCGUGCCUUUUGACCCAGAGCCUCAGGUAGAGCAGAUCUGCGGUCCCGGAGUAGAUCCAGCCUUCGACCAGCUCAUCUCGGCGCUGGGCCACAUUUCCAAGCAGAAGCCGAAGCCGCUGAUCGACUUGAUGAUGCUCUGGAGGAAGAGCAAGAGCGAUGCCGCCAAUGAGGCUAGGACCCAACUUCAGCAGUUGCGCAUCUACUCUCCCCCCGGGCCGCUGCAGCGGCGCAACACCGAACCGGUGCAGCCGGGCGCGGCGGGCACCGCUCCUGACCCGAACCCCGGAACGCAAGUGUCUCUGGCUGCGAAGCAGGAAUACGUUGCUCAUGCGGAGCGCCGCUCAACUGUCUCCAUCUACGUACUGUGUCGUGUCCUCCUGGAAGUCAUGACGCAGAGCACGCUGGCCUCCAUCACACCAGAAAUGGAGGAUAAGCUCGAAAACAUCAUAUUCGGCCAGCUGAAGAUCUCGGAUACCGAGCAGCUCAUGGUCUCCUCACUCAAACUGUCUAAUUGGAAUCUCUUCGCUCAGCUCCUAGGCGCGAUGAGCGAGAUCAGCUUUAAUACCGUGACUGACCGCUUCAUCAGCGACCUUGACCGGUCGUUGCAGGAGCUCGCUGCCAUCAAGAGAGAGUCAUCCGCGUCCCGGGACAUUGAGAGCAAGGUGGAGCUCGUCUUAGGCGGUAUGAAGCACCUCCGAAUAAAGACGGUCCCCGAGGAUGCCUGGGACCGGUCCUGUGAGUUCAUGGCUUCGCUGGGGAAGUUGUUCAGUCGGUCCCAUGGCCGCAAAGUAAAAGCAGCCUUCUGCGAGGUGCUCGAUAUGCUUGUUCUUCCCAUAGCGGCCAAGGCUGCAAACAGUAACAUUGCGCACCCGAAGUGGAACGAGGUCCUGGCCACCGUUGGACCCAGGCUGGCCCAGAUGUUCGUCAAGCCGCGGCAUUGGUACUACACCUUCCCCUUGACGGCCACCAUGCUGUGCGUCUCCCCGCCGGAUACCUUUGCAAGUCAGUGGCUGCAGUUGAUUUACCCGUUGCAGCAGCGGUUUAGAGACCGCAGCUGCCGCCCGCUGUGCUUGCAAGUCAUUUCGAGGCUCGUGUGGACGUACCUCUACCGCACGAGCGACACUUCCGCGGGCGUGACCAGGAAGCUAGACGAAGUGCUGAAGUUGGUCCUGCCCAACACCAAGCGGGCGUUCAGCGCGGCAGAUCCCGCCGUCAUUGACCCGAUGAUUCAGAUCAUCAGGUUCAUCGGGUAUAAACACCCAGAAUACUGUUUCAGGACAAUUAUCUUCCCCCUGGUCAAUGCCGACCUCUUCACCUCCAACAACAACAACAACAACAACAACAACAACAACAACAAGGAGCUCAAGAUCGAGCAGCUCGAUCCAGACCGAAUGGUCGUGGGAAUUCGCGCCUUCCUCACCGUCAUGUCCGAUCUCGAGAAGGGGGACAUGGGUAGGCCUCCCUUCCCGCAGUCGUAUGCUCUGCCUUCGGUUGCGGAACGUGUGCCCCCGGCGUCGCCAGUCAUCGGUUUGCCUCCUGGCCACCCUUCUGCGGCCUGGGCAGCCUUGUCCGGGGGCGAGCGAGUCUCUCGGCCCGUGCUGGUCUCCGCACUCACCGACAGCGUUAAGGACUACUACGCCAGGUUCUGCGAGAUCCUCGGCAAGAUCGCCAUCAUCUGUGACAACACCUUUGGUGGCCAGGCUGCCCUGGACGAGAAGUUUGACAAGAUCGAGAAGUUCAAUAGCCCGGGACCGAAAACCCCAAUCGCUGAGACCUUCAACUUCUCGCGGAGAGAUGACCAUCCCAGCCCUCAAGAGCAGAAGCAAGCCUUCUACGAGCUGCUGCAUGUGGCAGUACAGGCUCUCCCGCGGUGCCUGUCGCCCGACAUACCCUUCAACACGUUGAUCAACCUUCUCUGCACCGGGACGGCACACGUUCAAGCCAACAUUGCCGAGUCGUCUGCGCAGUCCCUGAAAGCGAUUGCCCGCCAGUCCCACGCCCAUCAAGUUACGAUGGGAUUUGCGCGGUUCAUCUUCAAUUUCGAUGAUCGCUACUCGACCAUGUCGGAUGGAGGGAUGCUCGGACCGGGGCACAUCGAGAAGACGCUCAUGCUUUACAUCGAGCUUCUCCACAUUUGGAUUGACGAGAUCAGGCAGAAGACUAAGAGUGCCGCCGACGAGAGCGGCGAAUCAAGCGUAGCCGAGAAGAGGGGCAUCAAGCUUGACCUCUCCAGCGUCUGGGCAGAGGUCGACCAGGUAGAGGCACACGGCCUGUUCUUCCUCUGCUCGCAGUCCAAGAGGGUCCGGUUCUGUGCCGUCAACGUACUGCGCCUGAUCACCGAGUUCGACGCGGUCCUGCGGAAGCCGAGCGGCCGCGAGAAGGACACCCCGAGACUCAUCGACAUUCUGGAGAACGACUCGAUGCAGGUCAUGAGCUUUAAUGACGAGCAGCUCUCCGUGGGCGAACGGAGCAGGCUGCAACGGGGCAUGCAGAACACCAACAGCCAAGGAGCGCUCAUUGAGCUGUGCACCAGCGACGGUUCGUACGACACGGCACUGUGGUUCAAGAUCUUCCCCAAUUUCAUCCGCAUAGCCUUCGACAGAUGUCCCUUCGCCAUCACGCUCACUCGGGACCUCAUCUGCGAGAGGAUCCUGCAGCUGUACAAGGUCAUUACAGUGCUUUCCGAACCGCCACGAGAGCCUCGCGGGCAGCACUAUGCGGAGCCAGGCAGUGCUCGGAUGGCGGGCAAGACACCCACCACCCACCCGGAAGUGGUGGUCGAGCAAUGGAAGCUAUAUCUCGUGUUCGCCUGCACCACCCUGGCCGACCCAGGAAGCGCCCAGGCCGCCGGAUCGCAAAACGGCCAACACGGUCGAAGCGGCUCCAAGGCGUCGUCGGCUGCUGAGAAGAUCGGGUCGGCCAGGACGCUCUUCAAAUACCUGAACCCAUUGCUCUCCGUUUCGUCGGGCCCUGUUCGGGAGGCGGUAGUUGUCGCCAUGGGCUCCAUCAACAUCCACAUCUACCGCACGCUCCUCGAGGAGCUCCAGGGCCAAGUCUCCCGCUGCAAUGAUGACGCAGUCGCGCGCAUUCACCAGCGCACCAACAGCAGUCCGCGCCGGAACCGCAAAAUGGACCUGCUGCGGACCGAGAUCACGCACAUCUACAAGCUCACGUCGCACUUCUUGCGAGAGCCGCAGGUCUACCAGGACGACUGGGUCCUGGACAAUCUGGUGGCAUACACCCGGGACCUGAAGCGCUUCCUGAACAACGGCGAGGUCCAGAUGGACUGGGGAUUCCAACAGCUCAGGCGACACUACUGCGGCCUCAUGGAGGAGCUCUUUGAGGGCAUCAACCGCACAAAGGACCCGUCACGCUGGAUGACGUUCGAGGCUCGAAAGUCGGCCUUCGCCCUCAUGGAAGACUGGUGUGGCUUCUCCCCCAACCAGCUGCAGAUUCGUCAGAGAGAGGACAACAUGAGGCAGUCCGUCAUCGACCAGAAGGCGGCUGGCGAACGAGGCACAGUGACAGCGGCGAUGGAAAUCGAGAAGAGGAACCUCCGAACGGCUGCUCUCAGCGCCAUGGCUGCGCUCUGCGGCGGUCCCGUUAGUGCCACCACCGAGAGCGGCGCGUCUCAGUUCGAUGUGCGGCGAAUGCUUGCCUGGAUCGAGGCCAUCUUCAACUCGGGGAGCGAUCGCGUCAACGUCAUCGGCAGGAGAGCACUGAAGAACCUGAUUGUCCACAACCAGGAAUUCCCCUAUCUGCUCGAGCACUGCAUCUCGAGGUGCUAUCUCGCCGAGGCUCCCAAGAUGCUGGAGAGCUACUUCACCGCGGUGACAGAGGUGCUCCUGGAGCACCCCGGGUACCCAACUCCGUUCUGGAAACUCCUCGGUCUCUGCCUCUUCAUGCUGGGCAAUGACCAGAGCGCUAUCCGGUCCAGGGCCGCGCACCUGCUCAAAGCACUCGAGGAACGACAGCCGCAGCCUCGGAGCUCCAAGAUCCAGGACUUUGACAUCAGCAUCUCGGACAAGACCAAGGCCGUCUACAAGCUCGCCCAGUUCGAGAUCUCCAAGCGGCUGGCCAAGCAGCACACGGAACUGGCAUUCCACAUCUUUUCCGAGUUCACCUUCUAUUUCAAGGAGCAGCAAGCUACUGCACAGAAGAACGUAAUCGCCGUCAUCCUCCCGUGGAUCCAGGCGGUGGAGCUCAAGGUAGACCCCAACGGCGGGCCCGUUGCACAGUCGUACGUGCUCCUGGCCAACCUGCUGGAGAUCACCAUCAAGUCCAGCGCCACGCUGCACAACGAGGUGCAAGCGCUCUGGCAGGCAUUGGCAACGGGGCCGCAUCCCGGGAACGUGCGGCUCAUUCUCGACUUCAUCAUGUCUCUGUGCCUGGAGCGGAGGGAGCAGAACUUCGUUGAGUACGCGAAGCAGAUUGUCGUCUUCCUGGCCAGCACCAACACGACGCCCGGGGACCGGGUGGUCGAGUUCCUGCUGCUCCAGAUCACUCCCAAGGCCAUGGUGCCCAACGAGAAGCGCGAGGCCGUUCCGCCGCCUCCCGACAUCAACAUGCUUCCUUACUGCGCCGACCUCUCGGAGGCGCUGCCCAUGGGCACGAAGCAGGCCGGCUUUUCCCUCGGCCACCUCUCGCUCAUUCUGCUGGUGGACCUGAUGGUGGCGCCCGUCAGUCUUGCCGCCGACAGCAUCCCGGUUCUCCUGCAGGUGACCACGGUUCUCUGGGACCACUACACGCCGCUUGUCCAGGAGCAAGCUCGCGAGAUGCUGGUGCACCUCAUCCACGAGCUGGUGAUCGCAAACCUUGACGACGACACCCCGGCAGCCACCAGGCAGUGGAUCGAGAGCUUGGUCGAUGCCAUCCGCCGCCACGACAAGUCUGUCGUGUGGGGCUACGAGGACAGCAACGGCAAGGGCGACGGGCGCGACAACAAGGUGCCUCCCAGCAUGGAGUACCUGACGUCCGAGGUUGUCAAGACGUUCGAGCUACGCUUCCCCGGCAUCAAGGACCAGUGGGGCCGGCUCUCGCUCACGUGGGCUACCUCCUGUCCGGUUCGACAUCUUGCUUGCCGGUCUUUCCAGAUCUUCCGAUGCAUCCUCACCUCGCUCGACCAUCACAUGCUCGGAGACAUGCUCGCCCGUCUGUCCAACACCGUCGCGGACGAAGACACCGAGAUCCAGACUUUCUCGAUGGAGAUCCUGACGACGCUCAAGACCUUGAUCGUGAAGCUCGACGCCGACAAGCUCCUGGCGCUUCCACAGCUGUUCUGGACCACGUGCGCCUGCUUGGAAUCUAUCAACGAGUGCGAGUUCCUCGAGGCUGCCGAGAUGCUCAACGAGUUUCUGGAUAAGCUCGACUUCCGCUCGGCCGCCGUGCGACGGCUGCUGUACGACGGCCAACCCUCCAAGUGGGAUGGAACGUUCGAAGGCUUGCAACCGCUGCUGUACAAAGGCCUGCGGUCGUCCACGUGCCUGGAAGUGACGCUGCGCACGCUGGAGAAGCUCAUCCAGCUUCCCGACGAUGCUCUGAUCGGCGAUCCGAGCCGGCUCUUCUUCGCAGUCAUAGCCAAUCUCCCGCGCUUCCUGCACGCCAUGGACCAGGAUGUUCUUGACGGCGGCGUUGUGCAGACAGCUGAGACGCUCAUGGCGGCCGCGGACGAACAGGGCCUAGAGACUGUGGCCGUGGUGCUCGACAAUUACCUGGCGUCGAAGUACCAGUCCGACGGCGACCUGAUUGCCGACCUCUUCGCGGCCCUACGAGAGCGGUUCCUCCCCAGGCUGGAGUUUCGCAUGCUCACCAUGCUGAUGGGACUGCUCACCAACGCGACGUCGUGGGUCAAGAUCAAGACUAUGCGCAUUCUGCGGGCGGUGAUUCCCGAGGUGGACAUGAAGAAUCCCGAGAUUGCCGGCCACGGCUCCGACAUGAUCUCCCCUCUGUUGCGGCUGCUGCAGACCGAGUACUGCAUGGAAGCCCUGGGAGUCCUGGACAACAUCAUGACCAUGUCCGGGUCCUCGAUGGACAAACACCACCUUCGCAUGAGCAUGACGCGGCCGACGUCAAAGGCGGUCCGGAAAGAAUACGAGCGAACGCAGAGCCUCUUCGGCAUUCCCGAAGCCUCCGGGUGGGCUAUCCCUAUGCCCGCGCGGAAAACAGAAUCGACGCGUUCCAACAUCCACGCGGCCUUCUACAUGUGCCAGAGCGACGGCGGUCUUGUUGCCCAACAAGUGAUGACGCCCGAAGUCGAGUUCCACACCGAGGACUUCCCCUAUGGAUAUUUCCCGGGGUCUCUGGACCGUGCCGACACCAUGUUGUCGGACGACGGGCGGCCUGACGUGCCCAUGGGAGACCUGUUCUCGAAGCUCGACAGCCUGGACGACUUCUUCGAGGACCUGCCAACUAGCUCGCCAAGCGAAGGCAGGUCGUCGCGCACCGUGACUGAAUUCUCGCCCGACACAUUCGAGUCUGGGGCUCAGGUGUACGAUGAGCAGGUCCUCCCGAUCCUGCACCAGGUGUCCAGCAACAGCAACGCGUCCUUCCACAACGGCUUUGCCGAUCGGCCCAUCCUCAUGCCGCGCGAAGGAGGCGGCGGAGGCGUUCCGACAAACAACAACACAAUGAACCCGGGCGCCUUUAACGUCGGCGUCAGCGGCGCAACGGCCAACAAUAGCAAUAGCAAUAGCAAUAGCAACGUUACCACUGCUACAGCAAUCACCCCGCCCAACCGCCCAGGCCUACACACCCGCUCCGUCACCUCCCCGUCUGCACCGGCGUUGCAUGGGCAGCUGGCAUCUGGCGACCUGACCUCGGACGACGAGUUCACCGACGACAUCUUCUCCGACGGCGACGAGGACGGGCGGCCCGGCACCUCCAAUGGCGAGGGGGCCUUCGGCGCCCCCAACGGCUCCUUCUUCCUGGAAAACGUCAUACGCCCGCUGCGAAUGCGCAGGAUGCGGUCCCGCGACGGCGGCUUCCUUCCUCUGACUCCGGUACCGCCCGCGAGCUCCGCGACGGCGUCAGCAGCCGGGUCGCCUCAGCAGUCGGGCGUGGCCUUGCCCAAGGUUCCGGCGGCGUUUCUGGGGCUGGUGCAGGGGCAGGGACAGAGCCAACAGCAGGCGCAGGCGCAGGUGCAGGCGCAGACACCUGGGGUGUGAUUAUGGUUUCGGCCUCUUCCUUUUCCAUUUAUAUCUCGCGGUUUGAUUGUUCCCGGACAUGGCCUUGGGGAUUGGGCUGGAACUCAUGUGCAUAGCAUGGUGCGCCCGUUUUGUCUAUCUCUUGGCGGUAGGAGGGUCCACGUGGGGCAUGUUUGAUGACCGAUGUGUCUGAGGUAGGGACGAAGUUUGACGGGCCAUUACCACCAUUGUAUGACAUGUAACAUGAUAACAUGAACAGACGGAUGGAUGGGGGCGGAUGGUGGGAGGGCUGCAGCAUCGAGAUACCACUUCAACAGCGAUGAUACUUUUUUUCGAGGCUUUCCUCCUGCCC